AUGGCUAUAACUUCUGUGUUCCAUAUGCCCUUUGAAGGGAAACAGCACGCAAGAACCUUGACCGCUUGGCCCGACCAGAUUUCUCAAAAAGACAAUGUCGACCUCAAAGGUGCGGAGACAGACGUUGCAGCAAUUGCGAAUGCUAUCGUCAAGUUUGAGCCGGUCACCUUGCUUUGCAACCCCAAGAAUAUCUCAAAGGCAAAGGCUUUAGUGUCACCUCUUGUUGAUAUCAAGGAGAUAGAGGUCGAUGAGCUCUGGAUUCGCGACACCGGCCCCGUGUAUGUCACAGACGCUAACGGGCAGCUCGUUGGCCUUGACUUGAACUUCAACUACUGGGGCAAUAAGUACCCAGGUACUGUUGAUUCCAAGGUUGCGAGCUUAGCUCUGGCCAAAGACGGCACCAAGAGAAUUCAGGCACCUUUCGUUGCAGAAGGUGGAGCAAUUGAAGUCGACGGCGAAGGAACACUUCUCGCCACUGAGAGCUCCCUCAUCAAUGACAAUCGAAACCCGGGAAUGACCAAAGCCGAUCUGGAGAGACACUUCAAAUCCUAUUUGGGAGUUACCAAAGUUAUUUGGGUCAAGGGAGCCAAAGACCAAGACAUCACGGACUGGCAUAUUGACGCUCUAGCUCGAUUUGCGUGCCCCGGUACCGUUCUUCUCAGCCAGCCAGGUACCGAAUCUAGCCAAGUUGUCACCGACACGUUCAAAAAUGCAAAGUCCGUCUUGGAAGCAGAGACUGAUGCCAAAGGUCGCAAACUGCAGGUUUACGAGGUGGAGGAGGCGAACCCCAGCCUGUUUGACGGCGAGCCCUACCAGGUCGUUCUUUCGUAUCUCAAUUAUCUUCUUGUGAAUGGCGGAGUACUUAUACCUGCAUUUGGAGAUGAAGCUGCUGAUGGUAAGGCUUUGCGGUUGUUUAAGAAGGUAUUUCCUGAUCGUGAGGUAGCGCAGGUGCAUUUGAGUACGUUGAGGAGGCUGGGAGGGGGUAUUCACUGCGCGACACAGCAGGUACCUGAAGUUUAG